AUGGCAAACCCCAUGCGUAUCGUCCUCUGUGGAAAAACUGCCCAAAUCGCAACAGCAGUAAAAGCGGGUCUCCAACCCGAAUGCGAAGUAAUCCACGUCAUCCUGUCAACCUCCGCCGGAGUCUCGGAUCUGCCCAAGCUGUUGGCAGGACAGACACCCUCGACACCAGAUCCAGAAAACAUCGGGACGAAGAAUUAUUCGCAAGCACCGCAAGCAGUGGUUCUGGGUGGUGGGUAUGAUGAUGAAGCAGUAAAGACGAUUAGGAAGGCGUGUGAAGGUGUCAGUAGUGGUGAGAAGGGGGUUCCGUGGUUGAGGCCGGAUUCGAGCGUUCCGGUUCCACCUUUGGGACCAAAAUAUGGAGCAGCGAUGGUAUCGAGAGUCAAAACCGCAUUGAGGGAGUUGGAAGAGGAGGGGAGAGCGAAAGGAGACGGAGUGUAUUUCUUUUAA